AUGAAACCAAUUGCAAUAUUCAACAAGUAUUUGGAGUAUGUGAAAACUGACAAACCUACCAAACACACUGUCAAUUACUCCAAGGGAAAUUGGCCUCAUGCUAGAUGGGACCCUUAUUUCUUCUUAAGAUGUGAAGAAGCAUAUCCAGUCAAACACCAUUUUGUCUAUGAUAAAUAUUUCAUUCCAGAGGAAACAGUUGUUCAUACUACAGUUGAUUUGGGUGUUGGUACAUUUGCAAUAUUCCAAACUGUUAUGAUCUAUGGAUUGAGAGUGAUUAGAAAUGGAAAAGAUCAAAGUUUUUACCAAAUACCAUUAUUUAGAAAUGAUGUAUUUGCAACUUCAACCAAGAAUGUUGCCUAUGAACCUGUUCAAUUGGCUGAUUUAGAAAAAUAUUUGGGUGGAAAGGGAUCUUCAAGAUGGCAAGAAUAA